CCUGAACAUAUUCAUCAGUUGCCUCAUAAGAAACAGCACUGACGAACUACACGCUGUCAUAUUAAAAUAUUUUACUGAAACCACAAACCUUUUACGUAUACGGAUGAUAGUUUGCUGUUUUGGACCUGUUUGACAGGUCUGCUUACUUUAGGAUGAAGUAAACACCUCAGGGGUCGGAUGUCUUAUAGGAUUACUUGAAGCAUCAUAACUAAUGUUUUUAUUGUAUUUUCGCUUACAUAUAGUCAUUUAGAAGACGCGUUUAUCCAACGCAAACCUACAACUCUACAUCAAAGGACCAUAGCCUACAAAGUGCAAUGCAAAGCCAAAUCUUUAUCGCCAUCGCAACUUUGUUUCUUUCAUUCAUCGGCAUUCUUUUGCUCGUGAUCAACACUGAAGACGUCGAAGGACCAGCAAAGUUCAUGUAUGGAAUAGUCCUGGAUGCUGGAUCUUCUCAUACUUCCAUGUACAUCUACAAAUGGCCAGCAAACAAAUACAAUGGAACUGGCAUUGUCAGUCAACACACAGAGUGCAACGCAAAGGGAGGUGGGAUCUCCAGUUAUGCGGGUAUCAGUGGAGGAGCAGCCCAGAGCCUUCAGGAAUGUAUGGAUCAAGCUGUACAGGACAUCCCUGAGUCUAGACACAAACGCACUCCUCUGUAUCUUGGGGCGACAGCGGGCAUGAGACUGUUGAAUAUUUCUAAACCCAAAGAGUCAGAUGAGAUUAUGAAGGAAGUGGGAGAUAAGCUAAUGACCUACCCGUUCAGCUUCAAAGGAGCCACGAUUUUAAGUGGAGAAGAGGAGGGAGCCUAUGGAUGGGUCACAGUCAACUACCUGCUUGAGAAAUUUAUCAAUUAUGGUUUCGUGGGUCAAUGGCUGUUCCCAGGCAAAGAGAUGGUUGGUGCUUUAGACUUGGGAGGAGCUUCAACUCAGAUCACAUUUGAGACGGAGCAGAUAGUAGAGGACACAGACAACCUGAUGAAUCUGCGACUGUAUGGACGAGACUAUAACAUUUACACUCAGAGCUUUCUGUGUUACGGGAAAGAUCAGGUCUUACUCAGACUGCUGGCACAUCUGAUAACAACUCAGGGAUCAGACAGUUCUGUAGUUCACCCCUGCUAUCCUGCAGGUUACAGUGACUCCAUACAGCUGGGCAGCGUGUUUGAUUCUCCAUGCAUUAACAGACAAACUCCUUAUAAACCUGAUGAAAACCUGAAAAUAACUGGCAGUGGAAAUUUCAAUCAAUGCCGGGGAAAUAUUUCUCAACUCUUCUCUUUCAACAACUGUUCUUAUUCCAAAUGCUCUUUUGAUGGAGUCUUCCAGCCCAACAUUACAGGAAACUUUAUGGCAUUUUCUUCAUUCUUCUACACUAUUGACUUCCUACAGAAAGCUGCAGGCAUCACCAUCACCUUCCCAGUGCACUUAGAAAACGCUGCCCGUGCUGUCUGCAACAUGACCUUUCAGGAGAUGCAAAAUAAGUUUCCUGACGAGGGGAACUAUUUGAGGGACUACUGUGCAGAUUCUGUCUUUGUGCAUGCGCUCCUGAUCAGAGGCUAUGGCUUCAAUGAUCUCUCCUUCCCGCACAUCUCCUUUCAGGAGAAAGCUGAAGACACUUCUGUUGGCUGGGCCCUUGGCUACAUGUUAAGUUUAAGCAACCUUUUGCCUUCUGAAGAUGUGUCAGUUAGAAAAGCACUGCACCCAGAUGCCUGUCGUGCUGCAAUUUUUCUCUUCUCAGUCCUUUUUAUUGCAUCAAUUAUUUGUCUUGUUAUAACCUACCACAGGAAUGCCACUAAAGGCUGUUGUUCCCCUUUAUCAGUAUGCACUUCAUAGUUUUUCUAUCCUUGGCAAGAAUUGUUGGCCUUUAGGCCUAAUUUGUUUCUUUUCUAGUUUCUUCCAUAAUUUAAGAUUUUUCAUAGUGCUGUUAUGAUUUUCUCGGCAAGGGAAAGCAAUGAGAACUGUUUUCUGUUUUUUAUGUGUUGUUUCGCCAAAAGCCUAUUCAGUGUCUCAUCUGUUCGAGGAACAUUGAGCAAUAGAGGCCAACUCCACUAAAAGCUUGCUUUAAAAUUCUUGUUUU